ACGACCCCGCCGACGCAGCCGGGCCACCCAGCGGGCCCCAGGGGCGGCGGCGGCAAGAGCGGCUCCGGGUCCCGCGCCUCGGACCCCUCCCCACGGACGGGGCGGGCGGCGCCGAUAGGAGCCCGAAGGCCAUGGGGACCUGGGCCAGGCCAGCGAUCGCGGGCCAGCGGGAGCUCCGGGUCUGAGGAACGGACGGCGGUGGCGGCAGGGCCAUGACCUCGGUGUGGAAGCGCUUGCAGCGCGUGGGCAAGCGGGCCGCCAAGUUCCAGUUUGUGGCCUGUUACCACGAGCUGGUGGUGGAGUGCACCAAGAAAUGGCAACCGGAUAAGCUGGUGGUAGUGUGGACCCGGCGGAACCGACGCAUCUGCUCCAAGGCCCACAGCUGGCAGCCGGGCAUCCAGAACCCAUACCGGGGCACCGUGGUGUGGAUGGUACCUGAGAAUGUGGACAUCUCUGUGACCCUGUACAGGGACCCACACGUGGACCAGUAUGAGGCCAAGGAGUGGACGUUUGUUAUUGAGAACGAGUCCAAGGGGCAGCGGAAGGUGCUGGCCACGGCCGAGGUGGACCUGGCCCGCCACGCGGGGCCUGUGCCUGCCCAAGCCCCACUGCGGCUGCGGCUGAAGCCCAAGUCGGUGAAGGUGGUGCAGGCCGAGCUGAGCCUCACUCUCUCUGGGGUGCUGCUGCGGGAGGGCCGCGCCACGGAUGAUGACAUGCAGAGUCUUGCGAGCCUCAUGAGCAUGAAGCCUAGUGACGUGGGCAACUUGGAAGACUUUGCUGAGAGUGAUGAGGAGGAGGCUAAUGGUCCAGUGGGCCUGGAGGCACGGGCUCGUGUCCUCCAGCCAGGCUGGGGCGGUUCCCUGAGGCUGGGGCGUUUCCCAGAUACUUCUCGGGAGCUGAAGACACUCUGUGAGGAGGAGGAAGAGGGCCGAUUUCGGCCCCGGCAGGCAGCUGCCAGCCCUUCUAGUGCCGAGGAUACCAGCCCAGCCCCUGUGAGUGCCCCUGUGCCCCCAGCCAGGGCCUGCCGGGGCCAGGGGUCAGAACCAGCUCCUGUAGCAGGGGGCCCGGUGGGGCCCAAGGCCCCAAGGCCCCCCGGAACCCCACCAGAGACAAGGUCCUCAAGAGAGCCAGGCCAGGACGCGGCCCCCAGCCCGGCCCCUCGGCUCCAGAAAGGCUCUGAUGCCCCCUGGCCCCCAGUCCCCCAAGGGGGAGAUGAGGCGCCCAAUGCCUCAGGGACUCCCCCAGCAGGCGUGAAUUCUGCUGUGGAGACCCAGGCCUGGGCAAGCCCUCAGAAAGGGACAGAGGCCCAGGGAACCGGGCUGGGCCCAGGCAUUGAGGACAGAGAUUCCAGCAACUCUUUGGAAGGGCAGAAACCCAAGGUUGAGGAGGGGGGCAUUGGGGACAGGCCAGAGGCUAGUGGGGUGGACACUGAGCAUGGGUCAGGAGUCAGAGAGGUGAACAGUAAGAGGUCAGAGGUUAGAGCUGGGGAGGCUGAAGAAAGUUUAGAAGUUGGUCAGGUGGAUGCUGAGCAGAGGUCAAAGGUGAGACAUGUGGACACUAAGGGACCAGAGGCUACAGGGGUGACAUCGGAGGCAAGGUUCAAGGGAACUCCUGAGGCUCCUCCAAGGGGCUCUCAGGGGAGGACAGGGGUCAGGACCAAGGGAGAGGCUCCCACCAUCCUGAGCCCCGCCCCGGCAGAGCCGGCAGGGCAAUCCAGGCAUCUCAGUGACCUCAAGGGGGCCAGGGCUGCUGCGGGCCAGGAGAGAGAGGGUGCAGAGGUGAGGCGUGGAGCCCCUGGUGUUGGGGGGACAGGCCUGGAGCAGGGCCCCUCUGCUGGAACAGCAAGCGCCAGGCCCCAGGUGAGCCCGUACCAGGGGGCCCCACCAGCAGCUGACCAGGGGGUGAUGUCCGGGGAUAUGAGGGUCUGGGAAGUAGAAACUGGGGAUUUGAGGGUCCUGGGAACAGAAACUGGGGUGACAGAAUCAGAGUUAUUGGGGACCCAGGAGACAGAAGUGGGUGGGUCAGGGUUCCCCGAGGCAGAGACUGAGACAGCAGAAGUGGAGAUAUUGGGGACCCAGGAGACAGAGGCAGUGAGAUCAGGGGUCCUGGAGUCAGAGGCUGCUGAGAUGGCAGAGUCUGAGGAACUAGGGACCCAGAAAACAGAAGUAAGGGUUUUAGGGGCCCCAGGGGCCGAGGCCGGGAUGGCAGAGUGUGAGGUACUGGGGACCCAGGAGACAGAGGCUGUGGGUACAGGAGUUCUGGGGACAAAGACUACGAUAUCAGAGACUGAGAUACCAGGGGUCCAGGAGAUAUCUGGGGGUUCACGGGUGCUGAAGGUAGAAGCUGAGAUAGCAGAAUCUGAAAUAUUGGGGGCCCAGGAGACAGAGGUGGGGUGUUCAGGGGUCUCAGAGAUAAAAUCUAAGAUAACAGGGAUGGAGGAGACAGAGUUAGGGGGUUCUGAGGUCCCAGGGUUCGAGACUGAGACAGCAGAAGCUGAGAUACUGGAGACCCAGGAGAUGGCAGCUGGGGGUUCACGGGUCCCAGGGACGGAGACUGAGACACUGAGGACCCAGGAGACAGAGGUAGGGGGUUCAGGGGCCCCAGGGACAGAGACUGAGACACUGGGGCCCCAGGAGACAGAGGUAGGGGGUUCAGGGGACCCAGGGACAGAGACUGAGACACUGGGGACCCAGGAGACAGAGGUAGGGGGUUCAGGGGCCCCAGGGACAGAGACUGAGACACUGGGGACCCAGGAGGCAGAGGUGGAAGAUUCACAGUUCUCGGGGCCAGAGGCUAGAAUGGCAAAGGCUCAGGGUCUGGGGACUCAACAGACAGAAACUACAGUUUUAGAGGCUGAGAAGGCAAAGGCUAAGACUUCUGGUGUCCAGAAGGCAGAGACUGGACUCUGGGAGACCCUCAAAUAUGAGGCUUCAGGGGCCCCAGUCAUAAAGCAUGGAAUUUUAGGGUCCCAGGGAGCAGAGGCAGAAACUACAGUUUUGAGGGGCCAGGAGGUGGAGGCUGGGAUUUUGGGGGUUUCAGAGGCCAUGUCUGGGGUUUGGGGGGCCGAGGAGGCAGGGACGGAGGUUUCAGGGGCUUCAGAGAACCAAUCUGGUAUUUUUGAGGCCCAGGAAGCAGAGGUUGGGGUCUCAGGAACCGAAAAGGGAAAAGAAGCUGAGGGAAACCUCCCCGAGGCCAGCCUGAUUGAGGCGCAGGUGGCCAGUGGGGCAGGGGCUGGGGUGCCCAGGCCCUCGGGGGCCUCUUCCCCAGAGGAGCCUGAAGAGGACAGGAGGCUGCUGGACAGCCAGGCGCCACCCGCCCCGGUCAGCUUCAGUCAGUCCCUGCUGGAGUGGUGCCAGGAAGUCACCGCUGGCUACCGUGGCGUCCGCAUCACCAACUUCACGACAUCCUGGCGCAACGGCUUGGCCUUCUGUGCCAUCCUGCACCGAUUCUACCCGGACAAGAUCGACUUUGCCUCCCUGGACCCACUCAACAUCAAACAGAACAACAAGCAGGCCUUUGAUGGCUUCGCGGCCCUGGGCGUGUCGCGGCUUCUGGAGCCGGCGGACAUGGUGCUGCUGUCGGUGCCCGACAAGCUCAUCGUCAUGACGUACCUGUGUCAGAUCCGCGCCUUCUGCACGGGGCAGGAGCUGCAGCUGGUGCAACUGGAGGGCGGCGGCGGCGCCGGCACGUACCGCGUGGCCAGCGCCCAGUCGAGCCCGCCCGACGAACUGGACGCCGGCGGCCUGGCGCAGCGGCUGCGCGAGCACCGGGCCGAGGCGCCCCAGGAGCCCCAGGAGGCCGCGACCCGCGCGGACGGGACGGCCCCCGAGGCAGCCUCCAAGGACCGCGGGGCCGAGGCCGCCCAGGAGGCGCGCUCCGCGGAGGCCCCGGCCGACGGCCCUGGAGCCCGGGCGUCCGUGCCCCCGACAGAGGGGCUGGUGAACGGGAUGGAGGCGCCGGGCGCCGCGGGCGGCGUGAGGCUGCGGCGGCCGUCGGUCAACGCGGAGGCCGGGCCCGUGCCCCCGCCCCGCGCGCACGGCUCCUUCUCCCACGUGCGCGACGCUGACCUGCUGAAGAAGAGGCGCUCGCGGCUGCGGAACAGCAGCUCCUUCUCGGGGGACGACCCGGACUCGGGAGCCGCGGGAGCUGCCGGAGCGGCGGCGGAAGUCGUGAGCCCUGACCCCAGCCCUGCCCCACAGCAGGCGCCUGGUGGGACUCCCCCAUCGGAGGAGCUACCCCCAAGCCCAGCGGAGGAGGCCGGGCUGCAACGGUUCCAGGACACAAGUCAGUAUGUGUGCGCAGAGCUACAGGCCCUGGAGCAGGAACAGAGGCAGAUAGAUGGGCGGGCGGCCGAGGUGGAGACGCAGCUGAGGAGCCUCAUGGAAUCAGGUGCCAACAGGCUGCAGGAGGAGGUUCUGAUCCAGGAGUGGUUCACACUGGUCAACAAGAAGAACGCUCUCAUCCGGAGGCAGGACCAGCUGCAGCUGCUCAUCGAAGAGCAGGACUUGGAGCGGAGGUUCGAGCUGCUGAGCCGGGAGCUACGGGCCAUGUUGGCCAUUGAAGACUGGCUGAAGACGGCCGCGCAGCAGCACCGGGAGCAGCUCCUGCUGGAGGAGCUGGUGUCGCUGGUGAACCAGCGCGACGAGCUGGUCCGGAACCUGGACCAGAAGGAGCGGACCGCCCUGGAGGAGGACGAGCGCCUGGAGCGCGGUCUGGAGCAGCGGCGCCGCAAGCUGAGCCGGCAGCUGACCCGGCGCGAACUCUGUGUGCUGAGCUGAGGCCGCGAGGGCCCAGACGUCUUCGCCCCUCCCGGUCCG